UCUCCUUUUCUCUCUCUUUAUCGUUUUUUAUUGUUUUGUUUUCAUUAUUUCUUUGUUAUACACAAAAACAAUUUGUUGUUUUUUUUACACAAACAUUUGAACCAAACAAAGAUGUAUUUGUUAUUGUGAGUUUUUUUUUUAUUUUUGUUGAAUAUUUUUUGAUCAAAUCCGUCAUCAUCAACAUAAUCAUCGUCAUCAUCUUUCAAUUGAUUGAUUUAUUUGAUUUGAAAUUGCCUUAAAUUUUCAAUAUUUUCAAUAUUCUUUCGAGUUUUGUUGUUGGUUAUUCUGGCUAAAUAAAAUCAUGUCGUUGACUAAACUUGAACGUGAUAAACAAAAAUUAGUUCAGGAUAAAUGUCAACAAAUAUUAACUGAAUUAUUACGUGAUGAAGAUAAUAAAUAUUGUGUUGAUUGUGAUUCGAAAGGACCACGAUGGGCAUCAUGGAAUUUAGGAAUAUUUCUUUGUAUUCGUUGUGCUGGUAUACAUCGAAAUCUAGGUGUACAUAUUUCAAAAGUAAAAUCAGUUAAUCUUGAUUCAUGGACACCAGAACAAGUUGGUUCAAUACAAAAUAUGGGAAAUAGUAAAGCAAGAGCUGUUUAUGAAGCAAAUUUACCUGAUAAUUUUCGUCGUCCACAAGCGGAUACUGCCUUGGAAUCAUUUAUACGUGCAAAAUAUGAACAUAAAAAAUAUAUUGCUAAAGAAUGGGUAGAAACACCACCAAAACCAGCGUUUGAUGUUGAAACCGAACUAAAAAAAGAGAAAGAAAAGAAAAAGAAUAAAAUAAUUAAACCGAUUGUACCGUUGAAUGGUCAAAUUGAAAUUCAAUCGAAUCCGAUUCCACGUCCUACGCUAAAUUCGAAUGGUAAAAUUGAAAGUAAAGUAUCGAAUACAACACAGCAGCAGCAGCAACAACAAAAAUCUGAAUCAAAUCAAACAUUGUCAUCAGCAUCUGCAGAUUUAUUAAGUUUGGAUUUAGGCUCAACUAAUACGAAUAACAGCAACAAUAAUAAUGAAGCUUUUGGUUUUUUUGCUUCGGCAUCCGAUAAUACAAAAUUGUCAACAAAAUCAAAUGACAAUAAUCAAUCAUCAUCAUCGUCGAAUAGUGGUCAAUCAACAACAACAACAACGGUAAACAAAACAUUAGAUGAUGAGGAAAAAGAUUUUUUCAAUCAAAAAACUACAACAAUCGAUGAUAAUAAUAAAGAUGUGAAAAAAUUGACAAAAGAAUCGAUAUUAUCAUUGUAUUCAAAAACACCGAACAAUUUAUUGAAUGGAAUUGGAUAUAGUAAUAGUGGUACUAGUUCAACAUCAUCAACAAUAUCUAAUCCUCAAUUUUCAAGUAUAAAUCCAUUAUUUAAUCCUGUUGCUGCUUCUAAUCACCAUAAUCAGGCCAAUUUGAUUCCACAACCGUCAGCAUCGACAAAUCCAUUUUUGGCCAACAACAACAAUAAUAAUAAUCCGUUGACAAUGAUGAAUACUGGCGAUUUUUCACAACAGCAAUCAAUGAUUCAAGGACUUUCUUCAUUGAAUCUACAACCAUCAUCGACAACAACGACAAAUGCGACCAAUCAAAUGCCAAUGAUGAUGGGCAAUCAGCAAAUAAUGAAUUGGUUUAAUACUGGUAGCAGUACAGCAAUACCAAACAAUAAUAAUAAUAAUCCAAUUGGAUUAUUAUCAUCAACAAAUUCGUCAUCAACAAUGGCUGCAAAUCCUUUUAUCGGAGAUCAAUUAAUGAUGAACAAGAAUCCAAUUUUAAUUCCACAACAAUUAAAAUUGAAUGGCAAUACAACAACAACAACAAAUAACAUUGGUAGUGUGGACCAAUCAAUCAUUGAUAAUAGCAAAAAGAAU